AUGACGGCCAUCUCGCCCAAGCCGUCGUCGCCGGGCACGCCCAUCACUGAAUGGGACGAGGGCGCCGUCAACACCUACCUCGUCAGCAUAGGACUGGGGGGAUACGAGAGUGUCAUCUACGAACAUGGAAUCACCGGCGAUGUACUGUGCGCGCUCGACAAUGAGAGCCUGGUCGACCUCGGCAUGACGAGUCUCGGGCACCGCCUGAGCGUCUUGCGUGCCGUCUACGAGCUCAAAAAGGAGCAAGGGAUCGAAAUGGGCGAGGACGACUGGAGGCCACAGGAGGAAGUUGCCUUGGAAGCGAUGGCCGCGGCUGCGUCGCUAGACAAGAUGUGGAACUAUGUUCUCGACCAGCAGGACCGCUUGCUAAACUUGGAACGGGAGCACGCACGACUGCUGCGCGUCCUGACCGACGCUGGCAUUUCGGCUGGUCAGACCAUCCCCACCCUCGUCGAGGAGACUCCUGGACAGCCACAGACGGCCGUGACGUACCGCUUCGACGACUCGCCCAGCGGGUACAACUCGCGCAACGGGCUGCGUUCGGCGGACAUUCGCUCGCACUCGUCAGACCUUUUGACACCCAAACCGCCUCUACUCCAGCGCAACCUGAGCUCCCCAGCAAUGCGUGGCCAGAACCGUCUGCCGCUCACUGGCGCUCCCCAUUCUGGUCCUUUACCUUCGUCCCCGACCCCACCGGUUGACCCCCCUCCACCUACACCGGCACCUACAGCGUCCAACCGUGACCGCCGCGUCAAUGACGCCAAGCACGAGGCACACUCGGCCGCCAAGAGCUUCCGUGUCACAAUGGAGGACCCAUGCUACAAGGUCCUGCCAGCCGCGCUGAAAAAGUACAAGAUCAACGACGACUGGAAAAUGUACGCCCUCUUCAUCUGCUUUGGCAACACCGAACGGUGCCUCAGUUACGACGAAAAGCCCCUGCUCCUGUUCCAAAAGCUCAAGGAGGGUGGCCAACGGCCCGUCUUCAUGCUGCGCCAUAUCCGUGACAUCAAGUCACCGAUUGCCGUCGCACAACAAAAGCAGGCCGUCAAGCUCGGCCUCCCGCCCAACUCUGACAAAAACCUACUCCCUACCAUCGAAUCGACUCUGGCUUCCCCGACAAAGGCUACUUCAAACGGCACCCCACCAACAUCUGGCGACCGCCCGGCAGGACGUACACCAGGCGAAGGCACGUUCCCUGAACUGCCGUCGCCCGGCAUGCGCGAUGCGAUGGACGCGCCCAAGACACCGGGCACGCUCGUGGACAAGAACGGACAAGUGCACAAGGUCACAUACGCCAUCUCCAUUUACCCAUACAUUGCCGACCGACAGGACGAGUUUGACGUUGCUGUCGGGGCCACGUUUGUCGUCAUGUCCAAAGCGAAAGGAUGGUGGUUUGUCCAAAAAGAUCCUUCUGGAACGGGCAACAUUAUCCCGGAACAAGAAAAGUCGGCAUGGGUCCCUGCCGGCUGCCUUCUCGAACUCACCGCCCCUGUCGCCACCGUCUCCCCUUCAUCACCAGGAAAGAGGCCCGGACGCGCACCCAUCCCACCAGCCAACAUCAUGUCCUCGAGCUACGCAGGUCUCGUCCUCAUGGACUAUGUCGGCAAGGACGACAACGAGCUCACUCUCAAGGCCGAGGAGAGGAUCAGGGUGUACAAGAAGUACUGCCACUGGAGCUACAGCAUCAAGGAGGAGACGGGCGAGCGCGGAUGGGUGCCGGCCUGGUUUGUUGGCAAGCUGCCAAACGACGCACAGUCCCAGGCCACCGUCGUCGCCGCCCAAGCUGCCGCGCAACAGGCGUCGUCAUCGACCACCGCCGCCCCCGGCACGACGAGCUCGGUACCCACACCAGGUCUCUCGCCGCAGGCUGCUGCCAGCGCAGGGGGUGCGCCCACCACCACCGUCUCUCCAGGCUUGACAACGGGCGACUCGUCGAGUCCCGGCCACGACGAGUAG